AUGGCAUCUAUUCUUGAUGAAUACGAAGACUCUCAGAAUGUCCGUCGCAGUGCUCAGCCGCAUAGCCGCCUGUCUGCUGCUAACAUCGGGAUAACUCACUCAGGAUUCGUGAAUGUAAGACUGGAAGAAGAAAAACCAAUAUUCAACAAGCAACGGAUCGAUUUCUCUCCGCCUGAAAAGAUCAACCACCUUGCCGUGUGCAACAAUCAGUUAUGUAUGAGUCUGGGGAGAGACACAAUCCUGAGGAUUGAUCUUGGAAAACCUGAUCAGCCAAACCAAAUAGAAUUGGGACGGAAAGAUGAUAGCAGAGUAUACAAACUAUUCCUAGACCCUACAGGAUCUCACCUUGUGAUUAGUCUCACCACAAAUGAAUGUGUCUACCUGAACCGGAACACGCAAAAGGUGCGAACCCUUUCUCGAUGGAGAGGUCAUCUAAUAGAGAGCAUUGGCUGGAACAAGAUGCUUGGCAAUGAGACCAACACAGGUCCCAUUCUGGUUGGUACUAGCCAAGGCAUCAUCUUCGAGGCAGAGAUCUCUGCCUCAGAGGGUACUCUGUUCAACACCAACCCAGAUCAGUACUUAAAGCAGGUUCACUCUUUGGAGGAGGAUGGCAGACAGGCCCCAGUGUGUUGCCUUGAAGUGGAACGUGGGAUAGAAAACAAGUAUUUCAUCAUUGCCACCACACGCAAGCGUCUCUUCCAGUUUGUGGGAAGAGUGCCAGAGGGCUCUGAGCAACAGGGGUUCAGCUCCAUCUUUGCCCAGAACCAAGAUCUCCUCCCCAGUUUCCAGGAGUUCCCUGUUAAUAUGGGUUACAGUGAAAUCACUUUCUACACCUCCAAACUCCGUUCAUCCCCCAAAGCUUUUGCUUGGAUGAUGGGCAAUGGUGUACUGUAUGGCCAGCUAGACUAUGUUCGACCUGAUUCUCUCCUCAGUGAUGUUCAGGUGUGGGAAUACACACAAGACAUCGAUAUCAGCAAUGCCUUCUCUAAACCGAUCUCUAUUGUUCUCACCCAGUUCCAUUUCCUCCUCCUUCUCCCUGACCGUGUGAAGGCGAUUUGCACUUUGAAUGGGCAGGUGGUCUAUGAAGACAUAUUCCCAGAUAAAUUUGGUUCCCUGAAAAGGAUGAUUAAAGACCCAAUCGGUGGGCUAGUGUGGAUCUACACUGAGAAGGCUGUGUUUCGUUACCACAUCCAGAGGGAGUCAAAGGAUGUCUGGCAGAUAUACAUGAGCAUGAACAAGUUUGAUUUGGCUAAGGAGUAUUGCAAGGAUCGGCCGGAGUGCACAGAUAUGGUGCUGGCUAAGGAGGCGGAACACUGCUUUCAGAAUAAACGUUACCUGGAGAGCGCAAAGUGCUACGCCCUCACACAGAACUAUUUUGAGGAGAUAGCCCUCAAAUUCAUUGAGGCAAAGCAAGAAGAGGCCCUUAAGGAGUUCCUGCUGAAGAAACUGAACAACCUGAAGACAAACGAGAAAACUCAGAUCACACUGCUGGUCACUUGGCUGACCGAGCUCUACCUGAACCGACUGGGUCUGUUGGAAACAGAUGACAGCAAGAACAGCCUCUUCCAGGAAACCCGUAAGGAGUUCCGGCAAUUCCUCAACACCUCCAAGCACAAGGAAUGUUUUUACAACAACCGCAGCACUAUCUACGACCUGUUGGCAAGCCAUGGCAACGUGGAUGAUAUGGUAUACUUUUCUGUCAUUAUGCAGGACUAUGAAAGGGUCAUCUCUCAUUACUGCCAACACGAUGACUAUGGUGCAGCCUUGGAUGUGCUCUCCAAGCACUGUGAUGAAAAACUUUUUUAUAAGUUCUCCCCUGUCCUAAUGCAGCACAUUCCAAAGAAAGUAGUAGAUGCUUGGAUUCAGAUGGGGAAUCGCCUGGAUCCCAAGAAGCUCAUCCCUGCCCUUGUGAACUACAGUCAGAUGGGCAGCACACAGCAGAUCGAUGAGACCAUUCGUUAUAUGGAAUUCUGUGUUUACCGGCUAGAAGUGAAGGAGGAGGCUAUCCACAAUUACUUACUUUCCCUUUAUGCUAAGCACAGGGAAGAAUCCUUGCUUCCGUAUUUAGAGAUGGCUGGCACACAUGCUUCAGAAAUCAACUAUGACCUUAAAUAUGCUUUACGUCUUUGCGCUGAACAUGGGGACCUCCGGGCGUGCGUCCAUAUUUAUAGGAUCAUGGAACUAUAUGAGGAGGCUGUGGAUCUGGCUUUACAGGUAGAUGUUGAUUUAGCCAAAUCCUGUGCGGACCUCCCAGAGGAUGAUGAGGAGCUGAGGAAGAAGCUGUGGCUGAAAAUCGCCCGCCAUGUGGUUCAGGAAGAGAAAGACGUAAAGAAGGCCAUGAACUGUCUAUCCAGCUGCAACCUGCUCAAGAUUGGUGACAUUCUGCCUUUCUUUCCUGACUUUGUCACCAUCGACCACUUCAAAGAGGCCAUCUGUAGUUCCCUGGAGGAUUACAACCAGCACAUCAAUGAGCUGAAGCAGGAAAUGGAGGAGGCCACAGAGAGUGCCAAACGUAUCCGCGAGGACAUUCAGGAGAUGAGAAACAAAUACGGGGUAGUGGAGUCUCAGGAGAAGUGCGCCACCUGUGACUUCCCUUUACUAAACCGUCCCUUCUAUCUGUUUUUGUGCGGGCACAUGUUCCAUUAUGACUGUCUCUUGCAAGAGGUCACCCCUCACCUCUCUGCGUACAAGCAGCCGAAGCUGGAGGAGCUUCAGAAGAAACUUGCUGCUACUACCCAGACCACCAAGUCCCGACACCAACUCAAAGAAGAGGACACGGUCAGUUUGGGCAAGGGCCAGGGUAGUCGCGAGCAGAUUAAGUCUGACAUUGAUGACAUCAUUGCCAGCGAGUGUGUGUACUGUGGAGAGCUUAUGAUCAAAUCCAUUGACAAGCCUUUCAUCGACCCACAGAAGUUUGAGGAAGAGAAAUCCAGUUGGCUUUGAGUGACAGCUCAUGCAGAAGAGAGCAUGUCCCUGGUCUUUGAAAUGGACAAUAUGUGUAAGACAGGGAAGGCUGUGUCUCUUCAGCAUGGUAUAGUGGAGCUCAGGAUCCAACCACGUAUGCCACUAGAAUAAUUCGAUACUUAAGUUCCCAUCAUUAUUGCAAGCAUAUUAUUACCGGCAAACUUUCCUGCUCAUACAGUGAACAUGGAAUGUUAAUCGUUUUCUCUUUCAGUGCUUUAUUUAUUAGCUUUGAUCUAGGUGUCUGUCUGAAUUUACUCUUAAUCAAUGACUGGAUGUUAUCAUCUCAGCCAGCACUCACAGGAACGUUGCUGUGAGUGUAGCUGUUAACAUUUGUGCACUAAUGAUGUCCACUGUGUUUCUAAUUCUCUCCGUAAUGUAUCAUCAAAGGUCCCAUUGAAAUACUGCUUUGUUGUAUUUAUAUCCCAGAAAAUCCACCCUAAGUUUAAAUAUGC